AUGAAAUCAUUAUUCUUGAUAUAUUUUCUGGUAAUUCAGAUCUGUGAGUCGGCUGUUGGAAACCCUCAACUGGAAUGGUGGCAAACAACUAUAAUUUACCAGGUAUACCCUCGGUCGUUUAAGGACAGUGAUGGGGAUGGUACAGGGGAUUUACGAGGAAUCAUCUCUAAAUUGGAUCAUUUUGUAUAUCUUGGUGUCCAGGCUAUCUGGUUAAGUCCUUUCUAUAAAUCACCUAAUAAAGACUUUGGUUAUGAUAUUUCUAACCAUACUGAUGUAGAUCCUCUGUUUGGAGAUUUAGAGGAUUUUGCGGUUUUAAUUAAUCAGGCCCACAAAAGAGAUAUUAAAGUGAUAAUUGAUUUUGUACCCAACCAUACCAGUGAUCUACAUCCCUGGUUUCAAGCCAGUAUUAAAAAACAAGAACCAUACACAGAUUUUUAUGUUUGGUCUGAAAGUAAACCAGGGCCUGAUGGAACAAGACUUCCACCUAAUAACUGGUUGAGUUUAUUUGGAGGAUCAGCAUGGAAAUGGAACCAAGACAGGCAGCAAUUUUAUUACCAUGCUUUCUUAGAAGAACAGCCUGAUUUGAAUUACAGAAACCCAAAAGUCAUAGAAGAGAUUAAAAAUGUCUUACGGUUUUGGAUGAAUCGUGGAGUUGAUGGUGUAAGAUGCGAUGCUGUAUUAUAUCUUUUAGAGUCGGAAGAUUUGUCGAACAAUGAACCAAAAUCCAACGCUGCCAAUUUUACCUCUUUUCAACAUGAAAGCCUUGAUCAUAUCUACACAUCUCACCUACCAGAAAUAAAACAAAUUAUCACUGGAUGGAAAACCAUUACCAAGGAAUACACACAAAAGGAUGGAAAGACGAGGUUCAUGGUUAUAGAAGCUUACGAAACUCCAGAAAAACGACAGGCUUUUGUUGAAUACGGAGCUGAUUUCGCCUUUAAUUUUGAUCUGAUAACCCCUAUUGGUAUAACCAGAGAUUGUGGUGGGGUUUGUAUUAAGGAUCUGGUUGAUACUGAAUAUACUGUGGUUUCUUCAGACUCCUGGCCGAACUUUCAGUUCGGGAACCAUGACAGACCACGUAUUUCAGUGAGAAGAAACCCUGAAGCGGCCAACGCUUUCAACAUGUUACUGUUAACAUUGAAAGGAACACCAACAACCUACUAUGGUGAAGAAAUUGGCAUGGAAGAAAUACAUGUCUCUUUUGAAGAUACUCAGGAUCCUUUCGGUUUGAGAUUUGGAAAGGAGAGAUAUACCGAGGUAUCUCGAGAUCCAUGUCGCUCUCCUCUACAAUGGAAUGACGGAUAUCAUAGUGGUUUUACUACAGCAAAGAAACCAUGGUUACCAGUUCACCCCAAUUAUAAAACACUCAAUAUUCAGACUCAGAUGGAAUCAGAUCACAGUCCAAUUCAACUCUACAGUCAGCUAGCUCGUUUACGUCAAGAACCAUCUUUUCAAUAUGGUGAUCUAAAUUAUGCAGUUGUUAAUGAUAAUAUAUUUUCUUAUGUCAGACAAACAGAAGGCCAGCCACAAUAUUUAGUGACUAUCAAUUUUGGUAAAUCCAAAUCAGUUGAUGAUUAUACGAGCUAUAUCCAGGGUAGGGAGGGUAAAGUAAUAGCUCAUACUGGUAAUUUGAAUAAUAAACCAUUUUAUAAACAGAAUAUAAUUAUUGAUUUAUCUCAAAUAAUAUUAAAAUCAGAUCAAGGUUUGGUUAUUGAAAUAAUAUCUACCAAAGAUGAAUUAUAA